GAGUAUAGAGAGAUGGAUGAAAGUCUUGCAAACCUGUCGGAAGAUGAGUAUUACUCUGAAGAAGAGAGAAACGCUAAAGCUGAGAAAGAGAAAAAACUACCACCACCACCUCCACCGGUUCCUGCAGAAGAAGAGAAUGAAAGUGAGCCAGAGGAGCCAUCUGGGCAAGCAGGAGGACUUCAAGACGACAAUUCUGGAGGGUAUGGAGACGGCCAAGCAUCAGGUGUGGAGGGUGCAGCUUUCCAGAGUAGACUUCCACAUGACCGCAUGACAUCUCAAGAAGCUGCCUGCUUCCCUGAUAUAAUCAGUGGGCCACAGCAGACUCAGAAGGUGUUUCUGUACAUCAGGAACCGAACACUGCAGCUCUGGUUGGAUAACCCAAAGAUUCAGUUGACAUUUGAGGCAACUAUCCAACAAUUAGAGGCACCUUAUAAUAGUGAUACGGUGCUUGUCCACAGAGUGCACAGCUACUUGGAGCGUCAUGGUCUAAUCAACUUUGGUAUCUACAAAAGAGUGAAGCCCCUUCCAACCAAGAAGACUGGAAAGGUGAUCAUUAUUGGUUCUGGAGUCUCUGGAUUGGCAGCAGCUCGCCAGUUGCAGAGCUUUGGGAUGGAUGUCACAGUCCUGGAAGCCAGGGACCGAGUAGGAGGAAGAGUUGCCACCUUUCGCAAAGGGAACUACGUUGCUGAUCUAGGAGCAAUGGUGGUAACAGGACUAGGAGGAAAUCCCAUGGCUGUGGUCAGCAAACAAGUGAAUAUGGAAUUGGCUAAGAUCAAACAAAAAUGCCCACUUUAUGAAGCAAAUGGACAAGCUGUUCCAAAAGAGAAAGACGAAAUGGUGGAGCAAGAGUUUAAUCGUCUGCUGGAAGCUACCUCUUAUCUUAGUCAUCAGUUGGAUUUUAAUGUUCUCAAUAAUAAGCCUGUCUCCCUCGGGCAGGCUCUGGAAGUUGUCAUACAAUUGCAGGAGAAACAUGUGAAGGAUGAGCAGAUUGAACACUGGAAGAAAAUUGUGAAAACACAGGAGGAAUUGAAAGAUCUUCUUAACAAGAUGGUUAAUUUAAAAGAGAAGAUUAAAGAACUUCACCAACAGUAUAAAGAAGCAUCAGAAGUGAAGCCACCUAGGGAUAUUACCGCAGAAUUCCUUGUGAAAAGCAAACACAGAGAUCUGACCGCGCUUUGCAAGGAGUACGAUGAAUUGGCAGAAACACAAGGAAAGCUGGAGGAGAAGUUACAAGAACUUGAAGCCAAUCCACCAAGUGAUGUUUAUCUGUCAUCAAGAGACAGGCAAAUACUUGACUGGCACUUUGCAAACCUAGAAUUUGCUAAUGCUACACCCCUGUCUACCCUUUCCCUGAAGCACUGGGACCAGGAUGAUGACUUUGAAUUUACAGGCAGUCACUUGACUGUGAGGAAUGGAUAUUCCUGUGUGCCUGUAGCCUUGGCAGAAGGGUUGGAUAUUAAAUUAAACACAGCAGUUCGUCAGGUUCGCUAUACAGCAUCAGGAUGUGAAGUGAUAGCUGUAAAUACCCGAUCUACUAGCCAGACUUUUAUUUACAAAUGUGAUGCUGUGCUCUGUACUCUUCCCUUGGGAGUAUUGAAACAGCAGCCUCCAGCAGUACAGUUUGUGCCACCUCUUCCUGAGUGGAAAACUUCUGCAGUGCAGCGGAUGGGUUUUGGCAACCUUAACAAGGUCGUAUUGUGUUUUGAUCGUGUCUUCUGGGAUCCAAGUGUCAAUUUGUUUGGUCAUGUUGGUAGCACUACAGCAAGCAGAGGAGAACUUUUCCUGUUUUGGAACCUGUACAAAGCACCAAUUUUGUUGGCCUUGGUAGCAGGAGAAGCAGCAGGGAUCAUGGAAAAUAUCAGUGAUGAUGUCAUUGUUGGACGUUGCCUUGCCAUCCUGAAAGGCAUAUUUGGUAGCAGUGCUGUGCCACAGCCUAAAGAGACGGUGGUGUCCCGCUGGCGUGCCGACCCAUGGGCCCGGGGUUCAUAUUCCUAUGUAGCAGCUGGAUCUUCUGGAAAUGAUUAUGAUUUGAUGGCUCAGCCAAUUACUCCUGGGCCAGCCAUUCCAGGUGCUCCUCAGCCCAUCCCUCGCCUGUUUUUUGCGGGAGAACACACGAUUCGCAACUACCCCGCGACUGUUCACGGGGCGCUGCUGAGCGGACUGCGAGAAGCCGGUCGCAUUGCAGACCAAUUUCUUGGGGCCAUGUAUACUCUACCUCGCCAGCCUACGCCUGGGAUCCCCCCACAACAAGCUACGAAUAUGUAAGAAAAUCAGAAGGUAUCAGAAGAGGAGUGAUGAGGCCACAGUGCUGCUCUGGUGAACGCUUUGGGAUGAAGAUACUCAUGUAGUCAGUGACAGCAUCUCCUGAAAGGAC